UUCAAAAUUCUGUUGAAUACUGAACCAUAAAUUAGGCAAUUUAUACCUGAGCAAGAGUCACAAUACUUAGUUGCUGAUGCAGGAACAAAUAAUAGCGCUGUUGCUUUUGCCUCUACCUUUUUUCUUUGCUUCGCUCGCACUCAGAUCAUCAAUCUUCACCUGUUUCAAGUCUUUGUUUUUCUUCUUCACCUCCACCUUUUACUGGGGCAGGGCUAAAAAGUCUGUCAUUGAGGAGGCUGACCACCAGAGGAUUCUUAGCACCUUUGCCUGUCGCGCCAUUGCAGCCCGCGGCAACGGAGCAUUGCAUGUCAACUUGCCCAAGUCAGAGAGCAACGUGACCUUCCUCUCUGACCGCAAACCACUCACCACUCACAACCCUGUCUACGAUGACAACAGUCCCCCCAGCAGUCCUGAUGUCUUUGCACGGGGCGAGAGUCCGUCUGAAAAACGAUUUUACUUUUCUCCUUCCCACUCAGCAGGGUCAGGGUGCGCCUGGUCAGUGCCUGCUCGUAUUCACGGAGGGCUGCACAGUUACGAGGUCCCAAGGAGACAAGGUCUUAUGCACCCAGAUGACUGGGAGAUGCAGAUACUCCAAGCAGGCAUGAGAGUCAGGCAAAGACAGGAAAGUUCAGACACGCUUGACUUGAGUGGCAGCACAGAGAACAAGUUGUCGGUCCGUGAGCAGGCCAGGCAAUUUGAGCAACAGGCUCUCCAAGAACAAACCCUCAAGCAAAACCGAGGCUCCCUAGGCUCCCUCUCUUCGAUCCUUAUCAGGGAUAGUGACAGUAAUGACGUACUGGAGGUGUCCUCAGAAACCUUGCUCUCCAUCAUGGAUUACUCCUACAGCCCGACAUCUGUGGGCAGGGAUGUGCCCCCCAGCAUUAUUAUUCCCCAAGGAGAAGAGUCAUGGCCUUUAGCUAGCCAAAGACCAACUCCACCUGUCCUCAAGAAGUUCAGCUCCAGCAUCUCCAGCUACAUGACAGUUCAACCUUGUCAGAUCACUGUGGAGAUCAUACCUGACCCACCAGAAAAUCCACCGCCUCCUCCUCCACAACAGCCACAUCCACCUUCCCCGCCCACUCCUCCUCCCUAUAGUCCACCUUCUACUCCACCUUUACCCUCAUACAUUCAGAAACCUCAGUAUAGCCCUAAACCCCGUCCUCCGCCGCCACCUCCUCCUCCUCCUCCUCCUCCUCCUCCACCUCCUCCUCCUCCUGCAUCUCCUCUCCCUCUGAAGAAAAAAAAUGCUCCCCCACCUCCACCUCCUCCUCCUCUUCCUCCCCCUCCCUCACCUGUUAGCGAUCAGAUGCGUCCAGUCGUCCAGUUUGUUCCAACCUCUUUGCCGCCCGUAUCCUCGCUUCGACCUGUUUCAGAGCGGAAACACCCCCCUCCUCUUGACCCAUCACAAACUGAUGUUGGAAAGAAGGAGCUUAAAGGGAUCCUGAAAAACAUCCAGAAUCUUGUUGACAUAGAGAGGUCUGUUGCCAACCUGUACAGCCAAGUAGACAAAAAUUGCAAGGUGCCCAAGUUUAACAAGAAACCACAAGUGACUGAGGAAUCAGAGGCUAACAACCCACAAAGCCCUGAUUCCUGGGAUGAGCAGAGCACGCCAAAUAUAACCGACUUCAGCUCUGUAGUCCAAAUCAACUCAACAACAAGUAUGAACUGCACUGAAAAUGUAACAAGUGAACUGAACAUGGCAGCAGAGGUUCAGCAGACGAGCCAAUUGAACUCGGACAGCCCAGACACCUCUGAGCUCAGUGAACAGUUUUCCCAGUCCACAGCGUUGUGACUUUUUCUCUUUGUCUCUAUACUCUCAUUAUUUCAAUUCAUACAUCUUCAUGCCUGUUUUUCUGUUGUUUCUGUUUUUUCCCCCCAGUUGUUAGUGUUUUCUAUAAGCUUUAGCCAAGUCAAAAACUUUUGACAGUGUGGGUUUUUCAGAGACAAAAUGCUUUAUUACGUGAUGCUUUGUGUGGAAAUCAAAUUAUAGUGUCAACUGCCAAGAAAUGUACUCAAUGUGCUUACAAGCUUCCGUUAGAACAUAAAGCAGGCUUGCGUGUACCAUAUCAGUUGGCUCAGUUCAUUUCCGUGUUUUAAUUAUCUGAACUGCUAUGAGAUUUAGAAUAUCGUUAAGAAUACCCCAGAGUUAGCAGAUUAGUCAGCUCAUCAUGUUAUAAGUAUGUUAUUUCAGUCUAUAAUCUUUGAAUUUAAAUUUAAUUGAAUUAAAUUAUACUAAACACCAAA